AUGGGCCCCUGUACCGCCUCCUCAUGCUGCUGCCAGGCCCGUAAUCUGCCAUGGGCCCCCGUACCGACUCCUCAUGCUGCUGCCAGGCCCGUAAUCUGUCAUGGGCCCCUGUACCGCCUCCUCAUGCUGCUGCCAGGUCCAGAGUGUGUCAUGGGUCCCUGUACGGCCUCCCAUUGCUGCUGUCUCCAUCGCCACACUCUGCCAUGUGCCACUUUCAGGUCUCCUCACACUGCUGGUGGGUUCCAUUUUGUCAUAGGGUGCUGUAUGGCCUCCCAUUGCUGCUGCCUCCACCCCCCACACUGUGGCUCCACACUCUGGUUUUGGCCCCGUGACUGCCCAAAUGAGUGAAGUGUGCGUUGAUUCUAAGAUCGACGGCACUCAUCUGCAUGUCAUACUGACUGACAGUAUUAUUUCUCUUCCCCAGCAGACUCCAAGGGCAUUUAAAUUUAAAGGUACAGUGUUCUGCACUAAUAUAA